AUGUAUAUAUCCCAUUCUAUUUCCUUCUUUCUUUCUUUCUUUCUUUCUUUCUUUCUUUCUUUCUUUCUUUCUUUCUUUCUUUCUAAUUGUCUUCCAAAUCUAUCUAUCUAUCUAUCUAUCUAUCUAUCUCACCCUAAUCAUAUCUAUUUAUUGAGGAGGUCCUGCAUGUGUAACGUUCCUAAACAUUUUGACGGCCCAAAAGAAACACAGGUAAACAAUAUACCGGAGCCUCCUUGUCUGCAUUGCUUUCCUCCUUUCCAUUUUCGUUUGUUUGCUUCGUUCUUCAAAUUCCAAGACAUAUUUCUCUCCUGGUACGGAUCGCAGUUUGGCAAAUACACGCAUUUACACCAACACUUACUUGCUCUUCCUUACUUUUCUCUCUCCGUACUUCUUUAUCUCUCUCUCUCUCUCUCACACACACACACUCUUGCGCAUUUUUGUAAAUAUCUAUCUAUCUAUCUAUCUAUCUAUCUAUCUAUCUAUCUAUCUAUCUCUUUCAGACUGUUCAUAUCUAUCAAUGUCUAUUCCUAUCUAUCUAUCUAUCUAUCUAUCUAUCUAUGUCAUUCAGUGUAUUCAUAUCUAUCUAUCGAUCUAUCUCUUUCAGUCUAUUCAUAUCUAUCUAUCUAUCUAUCUAUCUGUCUGUCUAUCUCUCUAUCUAUCACAGUUUAUUCCUAUCUAUCUAUCUAUCUAUCUAUCUAUCUAUCUAUCUAUCUAUCUAUCUAUCUAUCACAGUCUAUUCCUAUCUAUCUAUCUAUCUAUCUAUCUAUCUAUCUAUCUAUCUAUCUAUCUAUCUAUCUCUUUCAGUCUGUCCAUAUCUAUCUAUCUAUCUAUCUAUCUAUCUAUCUAUCUAUCUAUCUCUUUCAGACUGUUCAUAUCUAUUACUGUCUAUUCCUAUCUAUCUAUCUAUCUAUCUAUCUAUCUAUCUAUCUAUGUCAUUCAGUGUAUUCAUAUCCAUCUAUCGAUCUAUCUCUUUCAGUCUGUUCAUAUCUAUCACUGUCUAUUACUAUCUAUCUAUCUAUCUAUCUAUCUAUCUAUCUAUCUAUCUAUCUAUCUAUCUAUCUAUCUCUUUCAGUCUAUUCAUAUCUAUCUAUCUAUCUAUCUAUCUAUCUAUCUAUCUAUCUAUCUAUCUUGUGCUUCAGUCUUUUCUUAAUAUCUGUCCUGUAG